GUUCGCUGCAGUGACAGCGUUGUCUCAGACUCAGGUGGUGCCAGGACCUAGAUAUCAGAACGCAUGCUACCCACAGUAUCGUUAAGACGUUUCUAAAGGCUGCUGAAGUGUUCAUUUUAAAAUCGGAAUAAAACUGUCGAGUAUAGAACUCAUUGAUAGAAGUGUUUGGUAUCAAAAGAGUUUUAGUGUAAAACUGCAGGUCAAAAGUGUUCUGGAAAAAAGCGUUCCGAGUAAAACUAUCGACUGUGCACUGAAGUGUUCAGUAUAACAAUAAACCCAAGGCUUGUGUCGUGAUCAGAGUCAAACUGUUGGAAAGAAGUGUUCAAUAGUGUUCAAUGAGAUUCAAGUUUACUCUAGAAUUACAUUUCCGUUGAAUUUUAAAAGAUGUCAAUUCUACUACAAAGAAAGCAGGCACAAGCAGGACAACGAGUGUUGAUCAGAAAAGCUGGAGAGAUGGAGAAGGGCAAAGGAGCAAGCCUGAGCUGUGCCUGGGAAAUAGAUUUAGGUGGUCAGCAUGUACGGAUAUCAUUCUCACGUGACAACUUCCAUGUAUGGAUAACUGGCCAGCCUGUUGAGACGACAGCCACUAUUAGCGACCACAGAUAUGACGUCAGUCUAGAUUUCGAGAUCUGCCCUGGGUAUAGCGGACAUAUAUUCAGCGAUGUCAACGACAGGCGGACGGAAAUCAAGAAUUAUUUGUAUAUCAAUGAGAAGAAAUAUGCCGAGUCGGUUCUAAAAUAUUCCAAAGAUUCUGUACAUUUCAAGAACAUCAGAAGAGAGUGAUGAUAAAACUCCAUAACCAUGAUUCGACGAAACAUACUACGUUGCUUCAUAGAGAUAUAUUUCCGUCUCAUCUCACGAACAAUACAACCGUGUGGGACGAAUUGAGUUGAGGACAUGGAAUUGCCAAUAUUGUCUGUUUGUGUGCUAUUUAGUACAAUAUUCCAAACUUUGGAGUCAAAGAGUCGACUGAUCACUGUCGGGAGUAGUGUUGAUUGACUUGGACGUACCAAAGAGUUUAUGCUGCGUCGGAAUCUAAUGUAUACUUGUAAAACAUUAAUGUUUUAAGAGUUUGAAAUCAUUUAAAUUCUAAACCUUGUGGUUGAUAUUCUACAUUUUUGUUUUAUAUUUUAAACCUUGUGGUUUAUUUUCUACACUUUGUGUUUCAUAUUUCAAACUUUGGGAUUUGCUUUCCAAAGUGUCAUAUAAGUAAAGUUGUAACUACUUUCAAAAUAUUUUUCAAUUGAAAUAAUGAUUUUUUUCUGAAAUUGGAUAUAUUCAAUUUUUUUUUAGAAAGAUAGAUGGAUUGUCUCGUCUCGGGAAAUAGCUCGAUGUGUUCCUGUGGGGGUACGUCACUGCUUUUAAUGGAUACGUACAUAUAUUUAAAGCCUCAUAAGUAUUCUUCGUAUAGUAAAGUAGUUUCUUUUCAAAUUGUUGCUCCAAUAAAAAAUUGAAAAAUGUUUUUUUUAAUGAAAAACUUGUAUCAUUAAUCACGGGGUUGAUUAGUUAUAUCACAAGAUUGGAAAUAUAUAACACGCCUAGUUAACUUAGUUCGUAAUUGCAAAGUUCUUAAAGUGAAUUACAAGGUUUAAAAUAUACAGUGUACAGGUAUUUGGUUGGUUUAUACAACCUGCUGAUUUAAUAGUUUUGGGUAUACGGAUGGUUAAAGAAUGUAUUAACGUAUUGAUUGCUGAGUUUAUCGCCCCAUGAACGAUCGAUUUCAGUAUAUUAGAAUAAAUUUAAGUGGGUCUCCUUGUAGUAGCUGGGGGCUACCUCAAUGAAGAACCGUUGGAUGCCCGCUGCAUGCCAUCCAAAGUGUCUCGUCCAAGGACACAGCCGUGGCAGUACAGUAAGUUUUGUAAUCUCAUCCUCCUGAGAAAUACUAACUUUGGAAGGGAUCAACCCACACCUCGGAUUAAAUGGUGGGGACUAUCGUGAUGACACCUACCCAUGAAAAGAAGGAAUAUUUGAAAGUGAUUUUGCUCUAUUAGACAUUGAACUACUAACCCCUACGUAACCUAGUAUUAGUGCACGUGAGGGUGUGUCAAUGAGUAUGUUUUAAACGUAAUUGUGUUUUUAGAAUAAAGUUAAAAUGUC